UGUCAAACCAUAAAUCUACUAAACAAAAACAAUAUUAGAAAUAGAAACGAAAUGUAACUCAUUUUGGCGAUGUUUGGCUAUUAAAUUUGAACACUUUCUAAAAUUGUCUAUCAUGGAAGAACCUGGCAAACUAUCUUUAAAACGAGUGGAGCUUUCUCUUACAAAAUUUAACGAAGUAGCAAUCCCUCAUCACUUGGAUUUGUUACGACAACACAAAACUAAUAUUAUCAAGUAUGGCGAGAGCGGAGACACGCGGCGACUGCGCGCGGAGCAGACGCACGCGCGGCGCGUGGCCGGCCAGCUGCGCGCGCUGCUCGCUGAGAUGGACGCCCUGCGCGCACAGGUGCGGCAGGAGGACCGGGCGCGGUUCGACGCGAUGACGCAACGCACGCGCGACCUCACGCUGCGCGCCAUCGUCGACUACCUCGGUGUGAUAGAGCGCAGCUGCAGAGGGCUGGUGGGUGCGGGGCGCGAGGGCGCAAGGCGCGAGUCCUCGCCGGUGACGAUCCGUCGCAUGGAGGCGGAGGCGGCGGAGGCGGAGGCGGGCAGCGCGCGCUCCACGGAGUCAGUGGGCGUGGUCGCGCACGCGCCCGCCCAGCUGCAGCUGCACCACGACGAGCAGGAGGCGGCGCUGCGCGAGCGCGAGGCGGUGCUGCGCGGGUGGGGCGAGCUGCAGGCGGAGGUGCGCGCGCUGCACGACGCCUGGCGCCACGUGCACGAGGCGGCGCGGCUGCAGCGCGAGCAGGUGCAGGCGGCGGACGGCGCCGUGGAGACUGCGGCGCUGGAGGUGACCGCGGCGCGGCGGCACCUCUCCGUGGCGCAGAGGAUGAGCGUGGGUCUGGCGAGUGUGGGGUGCGCGGCGCUGGGCGCGGCUGUGGGCGGGCCUGUGGGGCUGCUGGCGGGCGCCAAGGCCGGUGCGGCGGCCGCGCUGCUGGGCGCCGCGGUCGGUCUGUUUGCAUAA